CACCUCAGGUGUCACCCAACUACCUAGGGGCGUUGCCUAGCCCACCAAGGGCGUCGCCCAAUCCACUGUCACCUAUGUCCCUGCGCUUGCAAGGCGUCGCCAACAGACCCUUCUACGCCAUGAGCGUCGCCUGCCAACCUUUUUCGUCGUCGCUUGUGAUUGGUGUCGCCCUACCUAGCGCCUAG